UAUCUACAGCUGCGAUUGUGGUUAUAAUAAUAUAUUUCGAAAUGGAAUUAUAUUAUCAUUCAUUAUCAACACUGAUGCUAAUAGCAGGCGCAGCAGCUGCUGCAGCUCUCAGAUUUUUCUCUUGAUACAAAUAUUCAGUAAAUUAUUAUUCGUGGGCACUUGGCACAGAAGUAACCAAGUAACUGCAUAGACAAGUAUAUUCUAAUAAUUAUUAAUUACAACUAUCUCUGUGUAGAUUAUACAGUGUGUAAAUGUUGUCUAUAGAUAACAAUUUCGCGUAUGUAUUAAACUAAAAGCCUUUCUAGUUAAACUCUAUAUAGUGGAUACUUUAUACCUUAGUUCAGCUAAAACUUAUUUUUCGGCACCUCGGUUGUUGAUUUUUGAAUUCAAAACGUUAUACAGAGUGUGUUUAUAGUUUUUGAAAUAGUUAAAUCUUCAAGUCGGUUGAUAAUCAUGCAGAGCAAUAAUACAAGAAGCAUAGUAUUUUAUAAUGGGUCAACUAAGAGAUCUUCUUGUGGUUACUGCAAGAAAGAAAAUUCCAGCUUUAGCAAUGGAAUGUGGGCUUCAAGUCUUACGGUAGGAGCAUACCAAGAUAUGAUUGAUCGUGGGUGGCGACGUGCCGGCAAGUAUUGUUACAAAUCAUCGAUGGAAAAGACAUGUUGUCCACUGUAUACCAUCAGAUGUGAAGCUUUAAAUUUUGAGUUAUCAAAAUCACAAAAAAAAAUCAUAAAAAGAGUAACUACAUUUUUAAAAAAUGGGGAAUGUGAGAAAAAUCCAGUUAAUACUGAACAAGCUGAAAGAGAACCCAUCAUGAAAUAUGAAUUAGAAAAUAUACAAAAUCAUGAUGACAAAAUGAAAAUUACUAACACUGAUUAUGUGUUUGAUGAAGAACAAAGUUCUUCUGCUAUUGGUUCUCAUAAUAGUUUUUUAGAAACUACCAAUAAAGAAGAUAGCAAAAUGGUUGCACCUCUUAAUUUAAGUUGCAACUCUAAAACUAAAAAAGAAACCAAAAAAUUUAAGCCUGGCGAUGGAGCUGAUCCAAAUUUGCCGAGUUCAAAAAAAAAAAAAUUAUUACGCAUUCAAAAGAAACUAGCCAAGGAUCCAAAUUUUGUAACUACAAUUUCAGCCCCUCAACAAAAAUGUUUAGAAGAAUUUAUUGCAGAGAAUGAUUCAGUAUCUACCGGGGGAGAUAAAAAAUUAAGAAUAGAAUUAUUAAUGAUGAAAUCUUCAAGCAAUUCUUUUGAAGAUGAGUUUGCAGUAUACCAAAAAUACCAAACUAUUAUACAUGGUGAUAAAAUCGAACGUUGUUCAAGAGAACAAUUUAUUCGAUUUCUUAUUGAUUCACCUCUUAAAGAGGAAAAAUCUAAUCAUCCUGAUCAUCCAGGAUAUGGUUCAUUUCAUCAACAAUACUGGCUUGGUGAUAAACUUAUAGCUGUUGGAGUAAUAGAUAUUUUACCAAAGUGUGUAUCAUCUGUAUAUUUAUUUUAUGACCCAGAUUAUCAUAAUAUAGUGUUAGGAACUUACAGUUCCUUGAGGGAAAUAUGUUUAGUCAGACAAUUGCACAACAUGUCACCCAAAUUGAAGUAUUACUAUAUGGGCUUUUAUAUACACUCAUGCCCAAAAAUGCGCUACAAGGCCAAAUUUCGACCAUCUUACCUAUUAUGCCCACUUCAAUAUACAUGGCAUGCAAUUGAUAAAUGCAUUCAAAAACUUGAUAAUGAAAAAUAUUCUAUAUUCGAUGAGUCUGGUGAUAUUCCAGAUGUUGAUAUUUGCUCAAUAGAUAAUAUUCCAGUGCUGUAUCGUGGUUCGUUGAUGCCUUAUUCAGCCUUCAAAAUAGUUGGCAAUAAAAAAAAUGAAGAAGAACGAGUUAAGGAAUAUAAAACAUUAAUUGGGCCUACACUAGCACGGAAAUUAAUUUACUGCAUUAUGGAUUAAUUAUCAAUAGCUUCUGUAUAUAACAUAUCGAUCUGAAAUCUUAACAACUUAUGAGUUGUAUCAAAAUGUAUAAUAUGUUUAGUUUUUGAUGUCUUUAUUUUAAUAUUAACAUUUAUAUUAUAUACCUAGAAUUAUAAAAUAUACUAAUGAGUAAAAUUAUUUGAAACUAAAAGUUUCUGAAUAAUUUUUUAUUUUUCGGCUAAACUUAUGUUUUAAAAUUUGAACUACUAUGGAGUUUCUGAAUACAGUAGUUAAGAAAAUGUAAGAAAUGUAAGCAAUCACCUAUUCUAACUAAAUGAUAAGUAUAGAACAUUUUUUGUUUUGAGCUUUUAUGCUUUGCCUGUGUACAUAUGCAUAUAUUCACUUCUCUAGUUUUUUUUAAUGUUUGCUCUAAAUGUACGAUGAUACUCGGGUAUACAGCCCUAUACCUAUUAGGAUUUUCAGCUACUAAAACAAAAUAUUCUAAAAUUAUUAUUAGUUAUUUAUAAUUCUUAUAUGAUAUUUAGUAGAUAUCAGGUGGUUGUCAAAAAAAUAUUCUGAGAAACAAUGAUUUUUAAUCUACCUUAAACUUUUUAAGGGUACAUAACAUUUUUCUGAAUCUAAGUUUCCAUAAAUCAAAAGUGUUUCAUCAUUGUGUGGAUUCUUUUUUUAAAGAUGUAAAGAUGUAAUUGAUAUUUGUUUAGAAAAGUACUACAUUAAAAAUAUCCAGAAGACUAUCUUCAAAAAUAUUAAAUACUUGUAUCUGAUAGUCACGAGUGCUGUAAAAAAAAUGAAGGAUAUACAUUUUUUUUUACUUAUUACAUUCACUGCAGAUGAUGUCAAAUAGUGUAAUUUAACAUUGUUUGAUUAUGCUGAUUAAUGUCAUGUGCCCUGCUAUUAAAGGCACUCCAAUUUAGUUAAUAUUACAAUUAAACUAUUAAUUAUUGGUUUUUGUUAACUUUAAGUAUUUCAAAAGUACAUGCAAGUUGACUUUUCAAUUUUUAAGAAUUUGUUUGAAAACUUUAAUUUUUUCAGCAUCACAAGUUUACUCA